AUGGGGCUGAUGGACGGCUCUUCCUCCACCCCCUCACUCGGGCUCACUGACGACGACCGAUUAAUUUUCACCGACUCUGAAACACCAUACGCCAAGUUUGAACGGAUGUUUCCGGUGGUGCUGCUCUUCACGAUCCUGUUUGUAUUUCUCAUCGCGUGUAUCUACGAUUGUCGCAGACCACGGUUGUCGCGUUUUGCUAUAAUGCACCAUCAUGGCUCCUGGGUGAUCAUGUGGAUAUCUCUAGCUAUUGCCGCAGCCAGCCCUCCAGAAGGCAAAUGUCUAAAUGGCUUCCCGGUGAAAGAAACUGCCGACAUUCUACGGGCUAUCGUUGCGAAGUACGGUGAGCAACGGAGGGACAGCGAUGCACAGGGGAACCAGUACUCUUCAAUACUCAUCGACGACGCUGCUGAUGUACAGUGGAACAACCGAAGUUUUCGGCUGAACACCCCCGAGAAUACGGACGCGACGUUUCACCUAAAAGCGCUGCAGUUUCUUGACGAGGAGGUCUUCAUUGUGCCGCUGCGUAUAAAAUCCGCGUGGAGAGCCAUCCACCCCGAUCGAACUUAUGCUCUAAAAAAGAUAACAUUUGAUUGCGGACGAGAUGAAAGGGCUUGCGGUUUGCAAUGCUGUCCGCGACGUUCAUCAGCUCUACAAGAGAAAUUCAUGUGCGAAAUCACCGAAAAGCGGAAACGCUUGCGGCGCGCGGUUGCAACUCGAGCGAGGCAGUACUAUAAUGACUACCAGGUGAUGGAAGGGGACAUUCUCUAUUCGUUGGAGAAGAAGGCGGGUAUGAACUGUGUCUAUCGGCUCAGUCAAUUCGACCAGCUCUACCAAAACCGCACUCAAUUUCACAUCCGGACGGAAGCGAUCUACUACAAGUGUCCUGCAGGACACGGCUGUUGCUCGUUGGGAUGUGUCAAAAUCGAAGAUGGGAGCCAAGUCUCCCGUAUUCAGGAGAUUCAAGUCUCACCGGUUCACAGCGUCCCGUGGAGAGGUAGUGCCAUUGAUAUGUUGCGAUCUAUCGUUGAUGAACGAGGGCUGUGGUGGAUUGCCGCGGGCAGCGGAUGUCUCAUUGCAUUUGUCCUGCUUCUCCUAUGCGCACGACAAAGGGCUCAACGAAUGGCGAAGCACGACAUCGGUCUCCCCAGAACACGUCUCGAACACCGGCAGGCGACGACUGAGACACAAACAUCUAGCCUUAGCUUAUACUCCGGAGCUGUGACGAGCCGAUCGAUGGGUCAACUAUUGCCGGAAGACGAUUUGUAUGGCAUUCAUCAAUGGGGAAGGCCCCGAUCAAUGGUUGAAAGUGGAAAGAGCCCCUAUUCGACAUUCAUCCACCCGAAUCACAGUCUAACAUGGAACCCUGGGCGAAUGGGUAGAGUGGCCGGAGUACGGAGGCCGCCGCUCCUCUCCACCUUCAAACCAAUGCAACUGUCGUAUGCGGGAGAAUAUUCUGAAAUGGAUGAUUUGGCCGAAUGCGGACUUCCUCUAGUAACAAAAGAUUUGCCG